AUGAGAAAAAACUACGAUGGGGGGGUGACGCCUGCUGGAAUUGUUUUGUUCAUGCUUGUCAAUGACUACUUAGACGAAAAGAUCCCGCGGUCCCGAAGUCUCUUGUUCUUCAUCGCGUCCCAUACCCAAUCAAUCGCUACCUUCAAAUCCACUGCACAUCUGGUUACUACCUUAGUCGACUUUCACUACUCCUUGAAAAGCUACUUUUUGACGAAGGAUCCUAACGGACAUAACGAGCAGCUUGAUAAAAUUACCGAUUGGCUUCAUUGCUCUAUUGCCGCUAUCAAUGGUCCAGAUGACCUUUAUAGGUGGUCCAGGGAAAAUGUGAAGAAGUGGACAUUCUCCGAGCAUGAUACUCACGAGCCCUGCCAUCUUCCCUCUAAAAGAAGUCCUUUGGGUAAUUUCAUGAGAAAUAUAAGCAUUAUGAUACGGCUACUAAGUUUCGAAGAGUAUGACGACCUUUACUCAGCUUUCGAUAACUUUAUCAAAAACAACCUGCUGCCAACUAUUGCUGAAAAGAAACAUUGUUCGCAUGGCUCCCCAGAUAUGCUUGCAGAAAGACAAACUGGGAUCGUGGCCCCUCUGGAAAUUCGACGCUUGACACAGGUGCAGUCGAAGGUGCUUCAGUCCAUAGGUAUCACAACUCCCCUGACUUUUGAGUCAGCCCUUGAAAACUCAAGCUAUUUGGCAUCUUUUCAUUAUCUACGAUAUCUUGAGUAUCUCAACGACGGCGAUUAUCAUGCCUCCUUUGAUGCUUUGCAUCAGUAUUUUGACUAUGUUGUGUCUGAAGGUUCAAGGGAAUUCUAUCAUUUUGCGCUCAUUGCCAAAGCGUCGCUUCAUGUCGUCUUCGGUGAAGAGCAAGAUGCUCUUAGGACAAUCGAAGAGGCGGGGAACAUUGCCAGAGAACACAAAGAUGAAAUUGCUUUGACAUUUGUGCUUACGUGGCUUUACAAAGCUCUGGACAAGUGGGCAAGUUUGCGAUCCUCCAAAAAGACCUUUAAACAGAGAGAUUCAAAACUCCUCGAGCUUCUUGUAGUGAAGGAUUUAGAGCAACAAAGCUUUUUAAACGCCAAUGUUCUACAGUUGGAAUAUGAAAAUAUUCUUCUUUGUGGUGCAAGUCAAAAGAAGUGUUUCCAGGCGAUGAGCAAAAGCCUUUACUGCUGGCUCAAUUGCAACUCCAAUUCACUAGGGAAGAUCUCUCGCAUUGCUUCUCGUCAUUGGUUACGGUCAGGCUACCCAACCUUGGCAGAGGUGUAUCUCAAAGUUUCCGAGAUCUCAACUGGUCGUAGAGCUUCGCAAAUCAAUGACAAGGCAGCUUUGUCGGCAUGCGAAAUCUUCUUUUGGAAAGGUGAGGACGAGAAAGUUUUGGAUAUAAUUUCGCUGUUUGGUGACUCAUCACUGUCAUCAAGAAAGUUCGAUGAGGAGCUCUCCAUUUGGAAGAUUAUCUACAUGAUUAAAUUGCAAUUGAAAACCGGGGAAUUUGUCUCCGCAAAAGAACUCCUCAGCUUGAUUGAUGCAAGCUCAAGUAACAGCGCGAUGAAAGCGGAAGUGAGUCGCCUCAAUGUUCAAUUGAUGUCUUCGUGUGGUAACAAACGAGAGGCUCUCAGAUUACUCCAGUCAUGGACUAAAUCUAGCUCUUUGGGGCAAGAAAGUCCGUCCGAUUUGAUAUCCAGCUACCUCAUUAAGUCUGACCUUCUUCUUCAAGCUAAUCUUUUGGGUGCAUCAUUUGUUCUAAUCCUCGAACAGAUGACAAGGGCGGCAAAGCAUGGUUUGUAUUGCUUGAACAUUGAAUUGGCUGUGAGUUGCGGUAACAUCGAGUCACUACAAUCUUUCGACGAGUGGUUGAUUCAAAGGUCCAUGAAAGUGAAUUCAAACGUGUCAUUCACCAAAAUUGUCGGCUGUUUCAAGACGUUCGUUGUCUUCACGGAUGAUGGUCUGAUUUUGAUAGGGAAAAAGCAACAGCAUCUGUUUUCUAUGGAGGUUCCUCGAAAGCUUCAGAAUGAAUCGAUCAUUGAUAUCGUGGUGGGCGACUACCAUUAUCUUGCCAUAACGAAAAACGGCGAUCUUCUAAGCUGGGGUUUAGAACUGCAAUCAAACGGAUGCUUAGGUUUAGGUAGUGAAACUGAUACUGGUGUCAUGCAAGAAGAGGGCACAAGUCUUAGAGUCGUUGAUCCUACCGUGGUCUCUAAGCAAAAUACAAACGGUCAAUGGUUGAGAAUCGCAGCCGCUGGCUGGCACUCUUGUGCUGUGUAUACUGUCACACCCAGAAAGAGGCGCUCAUCAUCAAUAAUUCAGCACCUUGAGCCCGAUACAUUGGAUACUAAGAUUGACCAGUCCUUGAACCCAAACCUCAAUGCCGACUGGGUUCACUACAAAGGUGCAUGGAUCAUCCACAUUGUAUUGAUAGUCUUCGUAAAGCUAUUUUAUGAUUUUAUCAGCGUUCUUGAUAAUGAUUGGCAGUGGGCUCUAACGAAUGUGACGUACAAUAUAGGGUCGUACAUCAUGUUCCAUCAAGUCAAGGGAACACCAUUUGAGUUCAAUUCAGGAGCUUACGAUAACCUCACAAUGUGGGAACAGAUCGAUAACGGUGAUCAGUACACGCCAGCUAAGAAAUUCUUGAUGAUGGUUCCAAUUGGGUUGUUUUUGAUCAGCACUCAUUAUUCGAACUACAAUUUUUAUUCCUUCACAGUCAGUGAGAAGAAGUGUAAAAUGAGCUACGCCUUGUCAAACGAUCACAAGCAACUUGUGGAGGGCUCCUUGCUUGAAACUGACCCGGAGGUUCACCAAAUCAUCAAAGAUGAAGUCUCGAGGCAAAAGCAUUCCAUUGUAUUGAUUGCUAGUGAAAAUUUCACUACGAAGGCAGUCUUCGAUGCAUUGGGAACUCCUAUGUGCAACAAGUAUUCGGAGGGAUAUCCUGGUGCUCGUUAUUAUGGUGGAAAUGAGCAUAUCGAUAGGAUGGAAACAUUGUGUCAAGAGAGGGCAUUGAAAGCGUUCAAUGUCUCCUCUGACAAGUGGGGUGUCAACGUCCAGACUUUAUCCGGUUCUCCUGCAAAUUUGCAAGUCUAUCAAGCUAUAAUGAAACCACACGAAAGAUUGAUGGGUUUGGACUUACCUCAUGGUGGUCAUUUAUCACACGGGUAUCAAACGGAUUCGAGAAAAAUCUCUGCAGUGUCUACCUAUUUCGAGACAAUGCCCUACAGAGUAAAUUUGGAGACUGGGCUCAUCGAUUACGAUAUGUUGGAAAAAACGGCAGUCCUCUACAGACCUAAAGUUUUAGUGGCUGGCACCUCGGCUUACUGUCGCCUCAUCGACUAUAAGAAGAUGAGAGAGAUCGCGGACAAGGUGGGAGCAUAUCUCGUUGUUGACAUGGCACACAUUUCGGGUUUGAUUGCAGCUGGCGUUAUUCCCUCUCCUUUUGAGUAUGCGGAUAUUGUGACUACCACUACUCAUAAGUCAUUGAGAGGACCCAGGGGCGCCAUGAUAUUUUUCAGAAGAGGCGUCAGGUCAGUCAACCCUAAAACUGGCCAAGAGGUCCUUUACGAUUUGGAGAAUCCUAUCAAUUUCUCUGUCUUUCCAGGACAUCAGGGUGGUCCUCACAACCACACAAUUGCAGCUUUGGCCACUGCCUUGAAACAAGCUGCUACGCCUGAGUUCAAACUGUACCAGGAGCAAGUGCUCAAGAACGCGAAAGUUUUGGAAGCUGAAUUCCUCUCCAAAGGUUAUCUGUUAGUGUCCAAUGGUACCGACUCGCACAUGGUUUUGGUUUCCUUGAGAGACAAGCAAAUUGAUGGUGCUCGUGUCGAGGCUGUAUGUGAACUCAUCAACAUUGCACUCAAUAAAAACUCAAUUCCAGGUGACAAGUCCGCUUUGGUCCCUGGUGGUGUGAGAAUCGGGGCUCCAGCAAUGACGACUAGGGGUAUGGGUGAAGAGGAUUUCAAAAAGAUUGUGGAAUACAUCGACUUCGCUGUUAGCUACGCGAAGCAAAUUCAAGGUGAUUUGCCAAAGGAAGCCAACAGACUCAAGGAUUUCAAGGCUAAGAUCUUGCAGAAAGAUGAGAAGUUAGAGGCUGUGAAACAAGAGAUCCAUGAGUGGGUUGGUACCUUUCCAUUGUCGGUUUGA